AUGCUGGCUGCCGUACUGUGGUGGGCUCGGCUGUUCUUUCUGGAGUCUGUAUUCAAGGCCCAGCCGCGGGAUCAGGAUGAGGUCGGAGUCGAGGCGGUGCUUAUAUUUCAGAAACAGCAUGCCGCUUGGAUGUGUGUCGGCAUUCACACCGUCAUAAGCACGAUCAUCGGGUGGAUGGCAUACGGAAAUGGUAACCGCCAGAAGAUGGGUGGGCAGCCGUCGAUACGAUUGGCCGACGACGGAAAGCCGCUAUUCCACAUGGGCGAUCAGCUUAGCGUCGAAGAAUUCACCUGCACGCUCUGUGGUCAAGUGACAGAGGCGCAGAAGCUGCUAGACAGGCUCUUCGGAGGGUCGUGGCAGAAGGUCAGCGGAACAAUUGAUAUAGGGCGGAUCACCGACAACAUGGCCGGCAAAGGUGAUGAGGCUGAUGGAAGCAUCGAUAUGGGACGCGGCACGGAACAGGUAGAAGAGGCAGAGGGUGCAGACAUGGCUACGAGACUUGAGGCUGCUCCGAGAGACGCUGCUCGUGCUCGUGCAUACAUGGAGCGGGCUCCCAGGCAGGGGACCGGAGGUGGCGACGCUACGGCACUGCGACUCGUAGCAGCUGAUCCGGAAUAUAUUUGUACUAGACGGGCAGGUCAUGAUUGUCACAGACCUAGACAAGAUGAAGGCGAUCCGGGACAACAGCCGGAAAGUGGCGCGGUUCGUGCCCGAUCCGAUCGGGCGGAUGAUCACAGCAUACCUAUCAUGGUUGAUCCCGGCAGAACGGGUGCUGCGGCGGGAGUGCAAGCUUGCCGAGCCGCACGGAGAUCAGUUGGAGUACAUGUGGCGGGAUGGCAGCUCGCGGGUAUGGAAUACCGCACGGCUCAGAAGGAAGCUCGCGCGCGUGAUGCAGGCCAGCACGGGCGUGAGGAUCGGGGUGGGACGGUACCGGGCGAUCGCUGUGGAGAUGGGCCGGAAGAUCUGAGGACUUGUGAUGAAGCAGCUGGAUAG